UAUGUUCAAGCCAAACGCACCGCCGAUUUCGAUUCCAUGGAGUCUUGAUGGCUUUACGUCGUAUGCUCUCGAGAAUAUCACAAAUAUAAGCAAAAUCUUCAUACAGCAAUUGGUAAGUUUACAUUUGAUGACUUCAAUAGUAUUGGGUGAAAAUGAAGCUAUAUUUUUGGAGUAAUUUAUCGAAUCCCGGAAGUGGUGAAUAAUACCGCUGCGGGAAGAAAUUCGACAGCUACUUUAAUCUAUCGUUACUUGCGACAGCUCUUUUUCUUUCAGAAGUUGAAUAAUGUUGUACAUUAUUUACAAAACAAUUUUUUGUCAACUCAGUCGCCGGUUUAUCUCGUCUUUGUAAUAAAAAGAAUGUUCCUCGUUUUAGCUGACGAAGAAGUUUGGGCGCUUCAAUCCGCCUUUCAAAUUACUUACGUCUUCUUGGGAGAAGAUAGCUUAGUUCUGCAAAUAACUAGUUCUCGGAUGUUUUGUGAGUUUACAUAGCAGUCUUAAGAUACGAAUAUUGAGGGAGUCGUAUAUGUUCGAGUUGGAAUUCGAGUUCGAGUUUGAGUUAGACUUCGAAUUACAAACAAAAAAAUAAUAAUUUAUCGUCUAAAGGUCUAGUAGGUACUAAUUAAGUAUACUCGCCUGACACAUCUGUGAAAAUAUUCGUCCAUUAAUUCGCUAUUUCCCACGUUUAUGGAUAAAUCUUCGAGAUCGCCGACACUUAUUAUUUUGCUUUUUUUAAAAAUUUUAUUUGGACACGCGUGACGGAAAUCGCUACACAGUUAUAUGUAAUAGUUGACACUACCGCUACGCCCGCUGUGUAUAUUUUCGGUCAAUAGUAUUCUUGGUCGUUGUGUAGCUCUUUGAAAUAUACCGAUUCAUAAUGAAGAUUUUCACACAUAUUCUAUAUAAUAGGUGAGAUAAAAACAGAAAACGCAAGGUUCCAACACUUAUUCAGUUGGAAGUUGGAAUGUUUUGCUAGUGAUAAGCUAGCCGUUGAUUCACUCGCCUUGCUUGUUUGUGGUCGGAGUCUUACCCUCCCAAAAAGAGAGAAAGAGUGUCUGGCAAAUUAUUUCCAAUCAAAGAUUUGUGAUCUCGAGUCUGGCAAACUCUCCAAGUGUAUACACAGGUAUACGCACCUUAUAAUUUCAUCUUCGCUUAACGAGUGUCUUUUGGUGCAUUACUUUCAAAACAGCUGCCCCACAGAAUGUCACUGAUAACACGUAACGCAAAAGAGUAUCGAUGACUGUGCAAUAAGGGAAAGUUCAUUUAAUAUGACAAGGGGGGGGGGGGGGGAAUUUGUUAUAUCUGUAAACCACGUGAUAUAGCUGAGUUGCACAGGUCAUUAAAUUGUUGAGUUGAAAACCAUCCGAUCUGUAUGAUGAUGUCAUGUGUUGGUUUUGAAGUAUACAAAUUUUCGGAGCCCCGCCUCCUAGCGCAACAAUUUUUUCAGAGCCCCCUCUUCGGGUGUCUAAAAAUUUUCGGAGCCCCCCCUCAAUAUCUUCAUCCCCCCCCUUGUCAUAUUAAAUGAACUUUCCCUAAAUGUCACAAAAUCUACCUAAGUGGCCCCUUCGGGAUUUUCUGUUUUACGUCAUCAUUACUCAACGAUUCCAAGCGGCCGCUGUUACUUUAAUAGCAUAAAGUCUUCAACAUCAGGGGCACCCAACGAGAAUAUAAUUCAAAACCACUUAAACAUAGCAUUGUUAAACGUAUUUUAGUAUUUAAACGGUAGAUAUAGGAAUAUUUUUAUCCCCUAAAAAUUUUUCAUCUGUUCGGAUUUCCUAGCUGGAAGUCUAAUGAUUCGAAAAUUAUAGGGAUCAAAACUUGCCUUUUCGAAAACUUCAGCCAGAAAAAAGGCUCCCGAAAAUUGUAGGUGACCUUUUUAGGGCAAAAAUCCGUUAAAAAUGUUCAAUUAUACCUUUUUUUAGAUGUUCGAAAAUCCUAGGAGAGGCAGACUAGCAAGAAAUUUUGCAAAAAAUGUUCAGAAACUUCUAGAUCUCAAAUCGUCUUCCGAACAGAUAUUUUCCGAAUAUUGUCGUUGGGUGCCCCUGUCAACAUACUUCAAGAUACAGCUUGAACGCUCUGAAUGCCGUAUCGUUUCAAAAGAAUGGCUUUUCCGUGAGCCGAUUCCGACCAAAAGGGUGACAAUUGGUUUUAGUAAUCGCCAGACUGCCAGAAAGCACAUCAUCAAAAGGCUGAAUUUUAGAAUAAGCCGGUCACCAUUCACAAACAAAUUUCCAAAUCACCAAAAAAGGAAGAUAAAACCCCUUACGAUGAACUCGCCACUUCUAGAAACGACAUCAGCAUAAGUUCUCUUCUUAUCCAUUCUCGAAUACAGUUGUUAAUCGAGUCCGUCGACAAAACAAUCACAAAGUCUAUUCGAAACUGCGUCACUUUCGGAGUGAAACAUGAGCCAUGAAAAUGACCGAUUUUUUUAGAACCGCCUUCAGCAUUCCACGAUACUUCGCGACACAAUGCGUCAAGAUAAGUUUCCAAUAUAUACCUUAUUGAAAUAAACCAUUCUUUAACCGUUUUUUCUCGAUGCGCAGAAGUUUUUUUUGUUGUGAUUUUUUUUUCUGGUGGAGAAAAACAUAAUAAAACAAACAAAAAACAAAAAUGGAAAAAAAUUCCAACUCGAAUUCUUACUCAAACUCAAACUCAAACUCGAACUCGAUGUCCAACUCGAGGUUUCACGAUUCCCACAAGGGAUUGGGGAGAGAAGGGAAAGGACGCCUGCUAUGUGAAAAAAAGCGCCGGUAGGCUCUUACGACUUUUAUCUCGUGUCAUACAUAAUACCGCUUGUCCAACUAUUUUAAUUAAUUAAUUAUGGACUUCGAGUUGGACUUCGAGUUUAAUACACUUUGAGGAUCUUCGAGUUGAAGUUCGAGUUAGACUUCGAUUUGAGCUUCUAGUUAUUCUUAGCGAUCAACGGGGAUCUUCUUGAAGACGAAUUUCGACGUAGUAGUAUUUUACGAGAGGAAAUCGACGCGAUUGUAACCAUUAACUUCAAAAUAUUAGCAAAAUAGAGAUAAAGGGAUUCUUUUAUAUUGCAUCUGACUUCGGCCCGGAUCUCGGGCAUGAUUAGUAAAUAUAUCAAAAAUAAGUUUGAGACAAUCAGUUUGUUGCAUUUUACAGAAGUAAUACCAAAUAAGUCGAAGUCCUUAUUUCAAACGUAUCCACGACGUACAAUGACUGAUAUCGACUGGUUUACGAGAUAUUCAUAACUGGAUAAACGAUGUUCACGUGCACGUGUUCAGAAAUUUCAACCAAAUUUCGCAGCUUAUAAACAAAAUUAAAGUGUGGACUGAAAUUAACCAUAAUUACAUUAGCCUGCUCACAGACCCUGUAUUUUCUCUUCGAGGUCCGUCGAGCGCGGAUGAUAAAACUAAACCGCAGGGGAUUUAUUGACCGCCAGCAGAAGGGGGUAGUGGUGGGGGAAUUCUUUCUCGCGCUCCGCGCUCGCGAGCUCGCCGAUGUUUUCGAAAAGAACAAAAAGAAAAAUAAAACAACGUCUGUGUGCGGGCUAUAAUUACAUAUCUUGCUUGGAACUCGUGAAUUUGACUUUUCCGACAAUAUUUUAUCCAAGAAUUCAGCGCAGAUACAAAACUUUACGAACUGGCAGUACUGAGGGGUAAACUUGGUAGACUGUAGUGUGUUAUGUAUUAAAAGGAAAUCGAAUAAGAACGCUUUUAUAAAAAGAUAUAAGGCGUUAAUUUCUGGGAUGACAGAUAUUACUCAUUUUAACGAUUACAUCUUGCUGGCAAACUUUAAAAUUGCAAAAUAUACUCAAUAAAUGACUCACUAUAGGUUUUGACCGAUCAUUUAUUAAUAGAAUCACAGAGUGCUGUCCUCUAUUCUUUACGCAAACUUAGACAAAAAAUCACGAUUUCCCAAAUUUUGUACAACUGUGGCUCAAUAAAGCAUCGCUGUAAAGGGCGAUCUACCAAAUAAAAAUCAAUCUUCCUAAACGUCUAUCAUUGCUUAAUGUCUCUGUAAAAUGUUAUCGAAAUCGCCUCUAAAACAGCCGAGAUAUAAGCGUUGUAAAAGAUUUAGCACAAGCAAAAUUUUGCAUUGGUUUAUGAACUUAAUCGUAGAUAGGUGUCCCCCGCGGCCUUAAGCGAAGGCGUUUUUGAGCGACCCACCUUAAUCGGAAUGAGUGGCAUUCCCUUGUUAUAUGCCUUGAAGCUACCAAAUUUGUAUUGCUAAAUGUGACUCUUAAGUCUCAUAUAGACGAUUUUCCCGAAAAUGUGGUCAAAAUCAAGUCCCAAGAAUACAAAAAGUCCUUUUCCGGUCGACGUGCGUAGCUAAAAAACUUAUGUGUCCCUAAUGUUCCCGUUGAUGGACUCAAUUAUACCUUUUUAUACAUUUUGUAGAAAAUUAACCAUCUAAAGCCGAUAAAAGUGCCAACAGCUUUCCUGAAUGGCGUCGCCCUCAUCAGGAAGCUCUCAGGAGCAGCGCCGGUGGCUAAUGGUAGGCAUUGCUCUUCACCAUGUCCUCACUCCAUGCCUCAGAGAUAAGAUCAGAGCUGAAAUGACUCCAUUCUACCAGCAUUUGGUGAGGAACUUUGGACUGGACAAACAAACGUACACAACCUUCAUGAAGAAUAUUCCACUAUCCCCGGUGAACUUAAACUAUGAGAGUAUCAACAAUAACAGCAAUGCCCCGUACCGUAGUCACUACGACUACUGUGUAAAAGAUGAGGUAUCUUUGGCCAAGCUGUUUAUGAAACCUUUCAUGGCACAGUUUAAUGCGUUUGACAGUUCCUUUGACGCUUCAGCUGCCCUUACAGUUCUCUGUGGAGCUUUGCCAUUCGCGUCGGUAAAAUCGAUUGCUGAAGACGUAAGGUCAAAAGUUCGUAACGAGUGGGCCCAUUGCGACUUCGCAAUUUGGACAAUGGGACAAUUUGACACUUGCUUUGACCUCAUGGAGGCUCUGGUAACAAACAUGGGAAUUCCUCCCACAGAUGAAGCGCGGAUUUUGGGUGAGCUUAGAUUGUGGAGAACACAAGGUACAAUAUUGGCUGCGCUGACUUAUUUCAUAGCCUUUCAUUGAUUUUCCAGUUCGCCCCUGCCAUCGACAUAUCAGUGGUUAUGUGAACAAAAAUAAUAAAUGAAUAAUAGCCAGAAUCAGGGGUUAUGUAAUAAACCGAAAAAUAAUUUAUUAAUGCUACAUUAAACCAAUAAUGCAAAGCCAUUCAGUAAGGUUUUUUUUGCCAUAUUGUAUGACUAAAAGCCUGCAGUAAUUCUUUUAUCAAACUCUCACCCAGUCACCACUUAUUUAUUCUCGCAAAGGAACGUGGGAAGGAAAAUUGGCGCUCGCAAAGGCGCUUGGGAAGGAGGCUGAAAAGUACUUCGUGUUCUUCCUUCCUUUCCUCCUUGAUGCACCGCGAACACACUAAAUCUUUCUCAUUAAUCACAGCGUGAAUACAGAGAACUGACUCUUUACGAGUGAAAGCUGUUUUGUAAUAAUUUGUCUUGUUAUUUUAAGAGAAAUUAUCCGCCUAGGAUUGUUCGGUUAUAACAGAAGUGCAUAAUUUUUCGCCAUCACUGUGCAACUAUUUGUUUUCAAUAACAUAAAAAAACAUUAAACAAGUUCAUAUAAGUUUUCGAGCUGAAUGGCAGUCUCUGAGCCAGAACGUUUAAAACUCGAGCUCUGGUUAUUUGCGAAACAUUUAACCUCUUCUUGGUUUGAGUGGAUAGAAGCUCAAAAUCCAAACAAUGCUUGAAACUUCUUCAAAAGUUCCUGCCGUCGACUAUUGGAAACUUUGUUUAAAUGAAAUUAAGAGACGGAAAUCCAAGUUUCGUAGACACAACUGAACACGUCAUCUUAUAUACGCACGGCCGUGGGUUUUAUAUAGACUCGCGCUUUAUAUAGGACUCGCGCUAUGUUAUAAUUCCCUUUUUUCUCUAGUUAAUACCUAAAAGCCAAUAUCACGUUACCAGAUUUGAAAGCUAAUGGUAGAUUUGGGUAAAGUAGUAAUGUUAUUAGCCAAUCUAGAAAUAAUAGUAAAAAAAUUUUGGUGAAGGUCGUUUCCCAAGACCCCCCCUCCCCCCCUCCCCCAACCACCACGCUCGUCUGAAAAGUGUUAAAAUUGUUUUAGCUCUCAAAUAAAUAUACAAUAAAAUAAAGCAAAAACAGGCAGGUAAGCAGCUGCUAGCUGCAUGACUAGCUCUGAGAGGUUUUAGCGUGCCGUAUUUGAAGUAUCACGUAAUGACUUGCCUGCAAUCUUUUCUCACAGGACAGGACAUUUGUCUUGGCAAGCCACUUGAUGACACACUUCUUCAACUCAUACACAAGGAAGUUCACCAACUUUCUGAGUCCUUGAAUAAUCAUAAGGAGCAAGAUAACCUUAUAAGCGCAACCCUUAAUCUACUUAAGUGUGAGUUUGACAGAGCCGUUGUGGCCCUUCAAGAUCAGCAAUUUGAUACAGAAAUCACUUGCAAAGAUCUAAAACAAAAGCAGGAAAUGAUUAUAGAAGGUGUGGAGAUGUGCUGGAAAACAUCGCAAAAUCUGCAAAACCUUUGUAAACGUUUGGAGGCUAAAAGCGCGUUUAUGCAGCAAGAUUUAGAUUUGUUAACAACAACUGUGAAAAGCUUAUCACACUCAGGAGAGUUGAAUGAUACUGUCUUUGAUGCUCCAGAACAAACAAAGUGGUUUACGGGAAGAAAAAAAGAAAGUGAUAUUCUUGAAAAGUGCCUUCCACUGAACGAACGCAAAGAAUUAAAGAUGGCAGCCAUUUUUGGUCUCGGAGGAUGUGGAAAGAGCACUUUAGCCAGUCACUUUGCUUGGAAGCGUAAGGAUGAAUACGAAGGAGGUGUGUUUUGGAUCUCCAUGGAGGACGACAGAAAGUUUGAAAAUUCUGUGAAUGACCUGGCUUUGCGUUUAGGCAUUGAAGCAAGUUCAUUUGAUUUCACGUUGUCCAAACUUCUGACGAGGAUCUCCAAGCAAGAGAAACCAUGGUUAAUGGUUCUUGAUGAUGUCGACCAACUAAACCUCUCUGAACAAAUGCACAUCAUCCUGUCUGGUCGAUGGAAAAGGCAAGCACGCGGCCACAUCCUACUUACAACAAGACGUGAAUCAAAGGAAGUGUAUAGUUCGGUGGAUCUUGAUCCAUCUUGCUGUGUUGAGGUUUUCUCCUUCUCAGAUGAGGAAGCCAAGAGUUUUCUUCUUGCCCGCUGUGGCGCCGCCACUACGGGAAAGGAGGUGGCGUUAGAUGAGCUGGUGCGUGAGCUUGGCUGUCUUCCUCUUGCGUUAGAACAAGCUGGUGCACACAUCAAAGCCCUUCAGUGCUCAAUCGCGGAUUAUCUUGAAGCGUACAAAAUUCAGCGACUACAACUGUUAAGUGAGCACCCGCGUGAAAAACCUUCCUGGGAGUAUGAGUCUAAAAGCCGCUUGGCAGUGCACACCACGUGGCUUUUAAACUUUGAGUACGUUAAAAAAUCACCGCAGGGAGAAUUAGCAUCCAGAUUUUUACAAGCCUCAGCAUUUUUUGCCCCCAAUGAAAUUCAGGAAGAUUUAAUUAACUUUGAGGUGCUCUCAACUGAUAAAAUUUGUAACUUUCCUUUAAUGAAAAAUCAGAUCGUAGACAUUUUGACCAAGUUUUCACUUUUUCAAAGAAAGAGCUGCAAGUCCCUUGGAUUACACCGUCUGGUGCAGGAAGUCAUGCGAAACAAAAUGAGUAUUCAAGAAACUGUCACAUCGAUGCUCACAGCGGUAAAACUUCUUUAUCAUUCCUUUAAAGAUUGCCCUUCACCGGACGAGGUGCUUUUUUAUAUCACGUCAAGUGAACAAGAACAACCGUCUGCGUUCUUAACAAACAAAUCUCGAUUCUUUUUGUGGUCCAUUCUAACAGCGCAUGCUUCUGAGCUGCAGCACCAUGUUAAAACAUUGCUUUAUCAGCAGGAAAUCGAAAGAGAAGUCAAAGCAGCCGUUUUCACGCAUGAGACGUCUCGUGUCAUUUAUGAAAAUGCCGUUCAUUUAAGUGCUCAUGGACAUCAGGCGGAGGCCAAGGAAAGCGAACAAUUUGCCUUUAGUGUUUUUGAUUCUUGUCCUAGUGCUAAGAAGCCAAUUUCUGGCAACGACUUGACGGAACUAUUUCCACUUACUGUUCCUCUUCCUCAAGUGAUUCAAAAAACUGUUUUGUAUUCAUCUGGACCACCGAUUGAGGGCGCAAAGCUGGCAGCAGAGGGUAGUGAACAAAACGAAUCUAUAGAUCAACUUCGUUUACAAGGGAACGCGCUAUUUAAAACAGGCUGUUUCAAAGAAGCCGCCGAAGCAUACACAGAAGCUCUGGAAGCAACUGGGAGAGGAAAGCGGCCAGAUCCGCGCCUUCUAAAUAAUCGGGCAACUGCUUAUCUUAAACUAGGAAACUUUCAAAGAUGUCUUCAAGAUUCUGAGGAGUAUAUCAAGAUUCUACCCUCCUGCUGGAAAGGAUACACAAGAAAAGCUUUGGCGCUCAAUGGGCUUGGACUGCUUUCUUCCUCUUUAUGUUCUGCAGCCAUUGCGUUCUACCACAACGCCCCCUGUUGCCGUCAUUACAAGACAUUUGCAGACACGUUUAAAGACUUGGAUGGUAAGUGGGAGGUUGUUGACUCUUCUCUUACUCUGCAACGCUCCUUAACAACGAACCAGAACAAAUGUCUGCAGGGGAGAAUUAUCCUUUUGCGACCUGGACAGUACACUUUAAGGGACAUCAGUGCCAUUAGGGACACCACAAUAGCUGCUCUUGAGAAUAAUGCAGAUGUUACUUUAAUCUGCAAUGAACCCCGUUUGUGCGGAAAGUGCUGUUUCCAAAACAUCGUCUUUUCUGUAAAGAUAACCAUUACGGUUAACGCAGAUGCAAGUGUGGAAUUCCACAAGUGUAGUUUUCGAAACCUUACAUCACAAGCAAUGGUGUUAUCGGUUUCUAAUGGCUCUGCAACUUUCUUGGAAUGCAAUGUCAGAGACAGUAGAGGAACGGGAAUAUUCGUGCAAGGACCUAACUCGUCAGCUACACUGGUAAAAUGUGAGAUCAGUGGAAACGGAAGAAAAGACAAAGCGUUUGCCUAUGGAAUAAGAGUGUUUAAGGAGGGGCGUCUCUUCGUUCAUGAAUGUCGCAUCUACGGCAAUGUUAGAGGAAUUUGGAUCGAUGAAGGUAUAAUGGGCAUUCCCGCAAAGGGCGCUGUAAUCACAGAUUGCGAGAUUUUUGACAACAAAUACGAAGGCAUUGUUGUAGGUGGCUGUCCAUGGUUUCCACAUGAAUUUACCAACGUCAUUAUGCGUCGAAACAAGAUUUAUCACAAUGGUACAUUUGGUGUCCGCGCGACCUUUAACAUUAAUAGCAUUCUUUUUGAAGCCAAUACCGUUUUCGAAAACCUUUGGUGGGGUGUUUAUGUGCACAACAACUCCGGAGGUGUUUAUAAAGACAAUGAGAUAUGUAACAACAAGAUGGGUGGUAUUAGGGUCGGCUACCAAAGUCCAGGAAAACCACCUUGUGUCGUGAUAAACAACUUUAUCCACGACAAUUGCGGGCCAGCAUUUUACGAAGGUCUUCGGCCGUCCGAAGGUGAUUCAUACCCAAAGGAACUACAAAGGUUUUUUACGGAAAUACCACCAGACGCUGAAGGAAUUUUUUUAUCGCGGAAGGUUUCUUUUCCAAAUAAGGUAUUGGCAGAGUUUAGUCCAAGUUCCAAUCAUUGUGUCCAAAAUGACUAUGGGGAUAAACGGUUAAAGGCUUCCAUUAAGAUGCACUGCGUCUUUUGCUUUCAACGUGACUCUACCUUGAAAUUCUGCAAAAGAUGUAUGACGGCAGCGUAUUGUGGCAAAAAAUGUCAAACGCUACACUGGCAAAAGCACCAGUACACGUGCACAGCUACUGGACAAAGGAACACUAUCGAGGUGACUUUUCGAGAGUCUAUUCCUGGUAUUAGUUUCAGGAAAACCCACCCUAGUUUGAAACCAAGUGGUCCAGAUUAUUUUCCUCCUCCUCCAAGAGAUGGAAGUCGCUUUAUUGUGAAAAUACAAACCUUUGAAGCAAAUCAGUUUUCAGGCGUAAUAGAUAUGAGAGGGUUUCUCAGUGAUGCGCAAGACCCAGAAAAAGCUGUCAUGUUACUUUAUGAUCGAAGCCGCCAUGUCAGCCUUAAAUUCAGCGGUAAACCACAACUGUUUCAUUUAAUAAUGGAAUGCGGGAUGAUGGGGAGGAGUAUGUCUCUCACGAAAAAAUUGUACUGUUGGGCGGCAUUCAAGGAUGCCAUAACGCUUCGAAUUUUUUCUCACGAAUUCCCCGAAGUGCAAGAUUGGUAA